UCCGAGAAAGAUACAUAUAAUGUAAAGUGGACCGACCAUGUGACCAACAUUUUUAUAAGUUUGAUGGUAGAAGAGGUAAAAAAGGGAAAUCGUACCUCUUGUACUUUCAACAUAGCAGGGUGGAAAACCAUACUUGCUGAAUUUAAUAGUCGGGCAAGACGCCAAUAUAAGUCGUCACAAAUGAAGAACAAGAUGAACAAAUUGAGAAGAUUAUUUGGCAGCUUUAAGAAGCUUCUGACACAAUCUGGAUUUGGCUGGGAUAAUGUGAAUAAAACAGUUAUUGUGGAUGAUCCAAGUAUAUGGGAACUUCACAUCAAGGAUAAUGCCGAUCGGGCAAAGUUCAAGAAGGAUGGAUUUCCUCGGUAUUCCGCGCUAUCCAUUGUAUUUGGUGAUACGUAUGCUACUGGCAAGCAAGCACUAGGAAAUGCCAAAGAUUUGGUGGAGUCAGAGGAAGGUGGCGAUCGUGGUGGUCAUGCGGACGAUGAUCCAAACGACUUUGGUGAACACCCCAUCGAUGAGGAAGUCUUUACAAGUGGACAGCACAACUUGUAUAGAACUCCAAAUACUAAGAGGAGAAGAAAGAGUAAAGCAUGUGAAAUUUCCAACACAUGCAAAGCCUUACAAGAAAUGAUUAAAUCCAGGGCAAGUCAACAAAGUGAAUCUGCUGCCACCUCACAAGUCACAUUACCACCCGUAGACCCCUUCUCCAUAUCUGCUGUGAUUAAUGUCCUACUUAGCAUACUUGAGUUGGAUGUGGAUCUUUACCACAAAGCACUAGAACGAGCAAUGGAUAGUGCCACAUGGAGGGAGGCUUUCAUCCAAACUCCAACCGAAUUGAGAAAUGGACUUCUCCAACGUCUUCAGUAGAUGUUAGAAAAUGUAUUAAGAAUUGCAUGUGAUUUCUAUGUUUGGUUUUAAUUUACUUUAUGACUUAUGUUACGAUGUUAUUUGGUUUUUAAAGAUAUUCAUGUUGAGACUCUUUUACUUGUAUGGUGGUAUGGGUAUGAU